ACGCGCUGCGUGCGCGUGCGGUGGCCCCGGCCACAGCAGAGCAGCUCGCAGCCGUCCAGCGCGGGCGACGAGCUGUUGCAGGCGCGCCCCGCCGUGCCCGCUGUACCCAGGCGCCCGCUGUAUGUGCAGAAGUUGGGCGAUUUCUCGAAGUAGACAAGGUCGUGGGGGGAGGGAGGCUUGUGCGCUGGGUCCUCGGGCUCAAGGCGCAGCAGUUCCGCUCGCGAGGCGCGGUUGCUGCCGCGGUUGCCGUAGAGGACGCGCGAGGCACCGUCGAAGCGGUCGCGCAGCACGUCGCCGACGGCGCGCAGCGUGGGCAGCCGCAUCCAGCACGUGCGCACAGUGCACGAACCGGACAUACCGUGGCACUUGCACUCCUGGCGCAUCUCGGAGAACACGGUCUGGAGGAAAAAACGGGAAGAAAGGGUGUCUUGGGGCACCGUCAGAGCCAGAGCCACCUUCCCGGAUACCGCCCCCUCCCGGACAUCGUCGGGACCUCAGCAAAGGCCCAGGCCUAGCCGAGCUCAGAGCAAGGGAAGCGGGGAAACGUCCCACAGAGAUUUGGACAUCAGGCCCAAUUCUGCUCCACCCGGAGAAUCUGCUCUGCCUCCUGUACGGUGGAGGAGCCUGUACAAUGGAGGAGCUGUAAGCAGUACAGUCAAAGGGUUGCGUGACUCCCAACCUCUUCGCUCUCAGUCACUGUCGCUUCCAUUCUCUGGCGUCCUUCCAAGCCUCUGCUUCUACUCCCCGCUCCGCCCCCACCGUGCCCUCGUCUGCUUCCUUACCCUAAGUCCUGGCCGUAUCACCCACCGUAACUUCCCAAGUUCGAGGUUAGCCUCUGUGCAGGGACUCCAAGAUCCCUGCCUCUCCGCUGCGGAUGCGGAGACAGACCCUGAAUCCCGCUCACCGUGCGGCCUGCCUCGUUGUUGUGAAGGUUCAUGAGGAAGCGCAGGUCCCGCCCCUUCUCCCCGGAAUCCACAAACUCCCGGCCAAAGAGGCGGCCGAAGUCGAUGUUGUCACUGCAGCCCCCCCAGUGCCAGUCGGGGCCCCCAGGGCCGCGCCGCCUAUAGUCGCAUGUGCAGGACUCGAUGGAGCCCUCGGAGCAGGAGCGCGCCACCGAAUGGGUGACCCCGGCCGAGGUGAUGGCGAAGAUAAAUGCUGUUUCCCGACAGCCUGUUGGGGAAGGGAGCGGGAUCAGCAAGGGGACACGCAGGGUAGAGUCCGCACCUUGACUGGAAGGCUUGGGACCCUUGAGUCCCACGCCCUGGACUCCUUAGGGUCCUGAGAGCCCGACGCCUGAGCUGUGGGGUAAACUGGUCUCACAGAGAAAGCACGUGCGUGAGCACGCAACCACGUCCACGCUGGUAAUUCCCGCGUUACUGAGACUCAGGGCGCAUUUUGGCUCCUAGGUGGAAAUGGGGCAGGUCCAGAGGAAAAAGCAAAAAGAGGGGAGCGAAAGAGUUCUGCACCGCCAAGACUUCUCCGCAACCCAAACUUUCGGCCCACGUCAGCGAUGCAAGCUAGGCUGGAGGCAAGACCCACGUCCGCAGAGAGCAGCUUCCCAGGCGCCUUUGAGAGGGGCUGGGGGAAAGCGGUGGCUAGCGGAGUCCACGACUCAGAACUCCGUUUUUCUGGGGCAGUGGCUUAGAAAAGUAAGCUUCGUGCCCGCGGUGCACGGCUUGGAAGCGCCCGGUAGAAGGAGCCUUGGCCCAGAGCUAGCGUUGUCAUGAAGCUCUUGGAGGGCUGAUCUUAUGACCCUGCAGGCUCCCCGGACAUCUUCCCUGCACUUGCCCGCCCAUGCCCUGGGGGUGACCCCGCGUUCCUCUGGUUCCGGAAGCGUUGCCUUCCUGGGUACCCACCUCGGUUGACGAUCUUGCCGAAGAGGUGGGGCCCUGAAGCCGUGGGACAAUUCCAGCGGCGGUUCCGGAACUGCCACUUGCACUCUCGCACAGCGCUCUGCAGCCCACCGCUCACACUGUGCAGGAUCCCCGGGUUCUGGCGGAUCAGCCGCCGCUGUUUGCGGCUCAGCAGCUGCAGGCUGGGCUCGAGUACCAGUUGCAGACUCUUGGAAUCGGUUAGUAGGUUCGUUGAGGAGGCUACGUUCACGAUGCCCCUGGUGAGACGCAUGAUAGGAGCGCAAGCUCUGGAAGGGGACCUGCACCCUAACCAGAAAGGUCACGCCUACUCUGUCCUCUUCCUGGGGCUAUUUGCCGACGAGAGCGGUGGAAGAUCAAUACUAAGGUGAAGCAAGUCUUCGAGUCAGGAGCCGCAAUAUGGGCCACCCAGAGUGCAGACCCAGGAUCCUCAGAAGGGCAGGAGACCUCUGCUGGCAAGGAUGCCUGCACCUUCCAGCCAUCCAGCUAUCAGUGGGGAAACUGCAGCCAGGAGAAAUGACCACUUGGGACCAGGGUCCUGGCUCCCCAGUCUGGGUCACUGCACCCUCCUCCUUGCAGCCUUGGGGACCCCAGAGCAGGUGAGUGGAACGCCGGCCACCUCCCCCUUGAGUGGGGCCAAGCCUGAACCCAGGCGUCGGGGGAGAGGGUGUGUGUGUACGCUGGGAGGGGGAGCGGCUGGGCUCCCCGGGUCAAGGAGGGGGGAAGUGCGAGGCGAGGGGGUGGGGAUGCCCCGGGCUCGGGGAGGGGCCGCAGCUCUGUCAGCCGCGGCAGAGCCGCCGGUGAGCUCGGCACGGGUAGAGCCGGAGCCCCCGGUUCUUUGCCUGCCCGCUCGCUAGCUUUCUCGAUCACUCCGUCCCUUCCUCCCUCCCUUCCUCCCGGCGGCCGCGGCGGCGCUGGGGAAGCGGCGAAGAGGAGUGGCCCUGCCCUGGAAGAAUGCGGCUCUGCCGAGGGGGCAGAACCCGACGCAGUCUCCCCACUGUUUGAACAGCCUGAUCCCAGGCGACCCAACCGCGCCGGUGGCGGAGUCCGCGCCAGAGCAGCUGGAGGCCCUGAUCGAUCUGCCCAACCGGGGCCUUCGGGCCCGGGAUUCGACAUGCGGAAGGAGCCCGGGCCGCGGCCUCCGCCCUCGGGCCUCGCGGGUCUCCUGUUCCUGGCGUUGUGCAGUCGGGCCCUAAGCAAUGAGAUUCUGGGCCUGAAGCUGCCCGGCGAGCCGCCGCUGACCGCCAACACCGUCUGCUUGACGCUGUCGGGCCUGAGCAAGCGGCAGUUAGGCCUGUGCCUGCGCAGCCCCGACGUGACGGCGUCUGCGCUUCAGGGCCUGCACAUCGCCGUCCACGAGUGUCAGCACCAGCUGCGCGACCAGCGCUGGAACUGCUCCGCGCUCGAGGGCGGCGGCCGCCUGCCGCACCACAGCGCCAUCCUCAAGCGCGGUUUCCGAGAGAGCGCUUUUUCCUUCUCCAUGCUGGCUGCUGGGGUCAUGCACGCGGUAGCCACCGCCUGCAGCCUGGGCAAGCUGGUGAGCUGCGGCUGCGGCUGGAAGGGCAGUGGUGAGCAGGAUCGGCUGAGGGCCAAACUGCUACAGCUGCAGGCACUGUCCCGAGGCAAGAGUUUUCCCCACUCCCUGCCCAGCCCAGGCCCUGGCUCAAGCCCCAGCCCCGGCCCCCAGGACACGUGGGAAUGGGGUGGCUGUAACCAUGACAUGGACUUUGGAGAGAAGUUCUCUCGGGAUUUCUUGGAUUCCAGGGAAGCUCCCCGGGACAUCCAGGCACGAAUGCGAAUCCACAACAACAGGGUGGGGCGUCAGGUGGUAACUGAAAAUCUGAAGCGGAAAUGCAAGUGCCAUGGCACGUCAGGCAGCUGCCAGUUCAAGACGUGCUGGAGGGCAGCCCCGGAGUUCCGGGCCGUGGGGACAGCCUUGAGGGAGCGGCUGGGCCGGGCCAUCUUCAUUGAUACCCACAACCGUAACUCCGGAGCCUUCCAACCCCGCCUUCGUCCCCGGCGCCUUUCAGGAGAGCUGGUCUACUUUGAGAAGUCUCCCGACUUCUGUGAGCGAGACCCCAGCGUGGGCUCCCCGGGCACGCGGGGCCGGGCCUGCAACAAGACCAGCCGCCUGCUGGAUGGUUGUGGCAGCCUGUGCUGUGGCCGUGGGCACAACGUGCUGCGGCAGACACGAGUUGAGCGCUGUCAUUGCCGCUUCCACUGGUGCUGCUACGUGCUGUGUGAUGAGUGCAAGGUCACAGAGUGGGUCAAUGUGUGUAAGUGAGGUCAGCCCCGCGGUAGGGCUGGGGAAAGGGAGGGGCACCUUUGCAGCCUUUCGCUCUGACUUCUGUCCACGGGUCAAUCUUGGCCUCUGGAAGCUCAAAGUGUUGACCUGACCUGGAAACAGCUUUGGAGAUGGUGGGGGUCAGGGGGAGUCUGUGUCCUCUCCCCGACAAUAAGGAGGACCUGGAGGGGAGCUGUCACUCUCUUCUGCUCCUUAACACACCUGAAUGGACUAAGCUGAACUGAACCGUAAGGCCCCUCUCUACCCAACCCUGGAGUCCCUUUAACUCUGCUUCAUAUUCCUUUUGGCUGGGGGGGGGUCCCUAGAGUUUGACCACUCUUUUCCUUUGAGGAAAAUAGCCCCCAGGCUUCAUGUGGAGCCAUAAGACCUGUAUCCAGACAGAGACUACUCACUCCGAUUUGCUAUCUUCAAACUCCUCUCCUGCAGCCUGGGCUGCAGAGUAGUGGGAGCAAUGGGAGACAGAGAGGUUUUUCUUAGGGAAGGGGCAGAGUGCAGGGCACUCCAAAACCCAGAAAGUUUCCUGUACAGGCCCUUAGGGAAGCUGUACCCCCCCAUUCAGAUGUUAAAGGGGACCCUCCAAAGGAAGAGCUGUACCUAAGAGUCUCUGAGCCUCUUUUUCUUUCUUCGGCAGGAGGGGUGGGGAUGGAUAAUUUAUUGUACUGAGACUUGUUCUUAGUUCUUGUUUUGUAACAAAAAUAAAUUAAGUUACUGGACCUGUGAA